AAGUCGCCGAUGGGCCGGGGUCGCCGAUGCUAACGUCAGGCAUUGGCAUUGCAUCAGGCCUACUGAAGAGGCGAAUUUCCAAGAUCAAAGCGAUUACGGAGAGUUUUUUGAAGGAUGUCGUCGUCGUAAAAAAAUUUGA